AUGAGCCACCGUUCUAAACACUCUCCCGAAAAGGGUAAAGACAAACCUUUGCCCACUUCCGUUCCCUCCCUUCACACGCCCUCUGCGACAGCGGCAUUAUACAACUUUCGUCUUCUAGCCGCUCUUCGUUCAGACGAUCCAGCUCAGGUACAACCUUUUCUCGACGAGCUCAAACUUGUCAAAGGACAAGAAGGGGAAAGUGUGGCCAAAGCUGGAAGGUUGUUAGCUAUGGCUGUACGCGUCGCACCAGUAUCAAUCGUCUCUGAUAUACUCGCUUCACCGUACAUACCUUCACCCAACAUACGUUUAGAACAAAACUCGCCAGCGACAGCUUUGCACGUGGCUUCUCAAAUUGGACGAGCGGACGUCGUCGAGAUGUUACUCAAUCAUCCAAAGAUCAAUGAUACUAUUCGAGACGAGCAGGGGAGGACGGCCCUUGAGUGCGCUGCGAACACGGAAAUUGCAUCUUUGGUAGAAGACUCGAGGGCAGCUCUUCAAAUGAGAUUCAUAGCACUGCUAGCUAGCUAUGUGUCCAGUCCUCUGAGCUCCGUCGACGAGGCUGCUAGAAUGUCAGAGUUCCUCUCAAGUCCCAGGGUGGACAUACUCAAUCUCAAUGCCCUCGAUGAGAGGAGUGGGACCAGUCUCCUACACGAGGCCGCUCGUCGGCGAGACUUACGACUUGUCGAGCUCUGCGUCAAGCGCGGUGCAGAUGUUUUCGUGCGCGAUAAAAGAGGAAGGAGGGUGUUAGAGGGCGAAAAGGGCGCAGAUGAACGGAUCAAGGCGUUUCUGAGGCAAUUCAGUAAUCAAGACAACCUUGUUCAGCCAAAGAGUGAUGGCCGCCCUCCAGAUUUACGUGGCUUUUUGAGCAAAUGGGUCAACUAUCGUAGUGGCUGGCGCUCGCGAUGGUUCGUAUUGGAAAAUGGCGUCCUCAGCUAUUACCGCAAUCGAGAAGAAGAGUCAGUGGCUUGUCGCGGGUCCAUCGCUAUAGCUACGGCAUCUUUCAACCCAUCCUCCGAUGGCUCUCGUUUUGAGAUUUCAUCCCGAGUAUCUUAUUCUGCUCCGAAGAUUAUCGUCAAAUCCGCUCACCGAGCCGAGAUAGCCCGCUGGAUUCAGGCCAUCCGACUAAAUCUCGAUUAUUACUCCAAAGGUGGCCAACCAAGCAAACGCACAGGCUCGAUAAACUCUUUAACUCCGACUACAGAGAAACCAGCCAAGUCUGCUUUGCGCACAUUACCUCCACCGGACACGUUCUUAUCACCUGCAUUGCAACGUUCCACCACCGGUCUAAGUGGGAUCAGCAUUGCCACUCAACGCACAAUUACGAAGGAUGAAUCUCCCGACAUGUCCAAUUUAGGCAUGGAAGAUGACAAUGAGGAGACUAUGUCAAUUUUCGAGGCUGCCGAUAAAGAGAGCUUGACUGGUAGUGGUGAACCAGCUCAAGAACAACAUGGUAUACCUCACGAAGCAUCGUACGAUAUGGGCGUGCUCUCUAUCAAAGCUCAACUCGAUACGACAAUUCAGCUCAUGGAAUCGCUCCUUGAGCCUUUGCUUAACCAAGCAUCUUCGUCUCUCCCUUUAGGUCGAGAUGUUUCUCGCAACGCAGCAAUAAAAGAUGCGUUAAGAAGCAGCAUGACAACAUUGGGCAACCUCAUUUCUCACCAGAGUAUCAUGUCUCAAGAUCGGGAAAGAUACCUUUUGAGCAGAAUAAACCGUGAAGUUGAAGCCCGGAAGCUAUGGGAGGAAAACAUGUUAGCGGUGGCUCAACAACAAGAAGAAACCGAUAAACAACUCACUCUGGCCGCAAGAGACAACGAGAAGAAACGUCGAGCAUUACGUCAAGCCAAAGGUGUCUUAGCAGAGAUAACGGGAUCAACUUCUGUGCCCACUUCAAAACCUGGUUCACCAGGGAAAACGGGGUUCACACCUCUUCAUCCACCUACUGGAGCGGAAUCAGGUAUUCUCGAUAUCCCGUUGACCCCCGGUACAGCUCCAUCCUUCUCGCCUGGAAUAUUCCCAGCCUUGUCACCCGGAAGUACGAGACCUAGUAUCAGUAAUAUCCAAGAGGUGCAAUCGGUUUUGGAGGCGGCAGAUACCGAUACUGAAGAUGGAGAUGACGAGUUUUUCGAUGCUAUAGAAACGAACAAUAUCCCGAAUCUGAGAUUACAUGAGAGUAUAGCUCAUCCGGAGAAAGAAAGACCGGGCACACCAGUUUCUGCGGAUAGAAAAGUAGAUCUUCAUAAACCAAAAAGUGGCACGAUCCAUGAGUUUUUGGCGAGAAAGAGUUUGGAACCUUAUCUGCACGUAAGGAAUAAGUUGCCUAUUGAUGAUGAUAAAAGGCCUAGUGUUUCACUCUGGUCCAUCCUUAAAUCCUCUGUCGGCAAAGACCUCACCAAAAUCUCAUUCCCCGUUUCGUUCAACGAAUGUACUUCCAUGUUACAGCGCAUGGCGGAGGAUAUGGAAUACGACGCAUGUCUCACCGUCGCCGCUGCUGAGCAAGAUUCGUUGAAACGAUUAGCUUUCGUGGCUGCUUUUGCCAUGUCGAAUUAUUCAAGUACGAUAGGGAGGAUUGCCAAGCCGUUCAAUCCGCUCUUGAGUCAGAGUUUUGAAUAUGCUGUUCCGGGGAGGUAUCGAUAUAUCUCGGAACAGGUAUCUCACCAUCCUCCAAUUUCUGCAUGUUAUUCCGAAGCUCCCACUUGGAAUUAUUACGGCGAAGUCGACGCCCAGAAUAAAUUUCAAGGGCGUUCCUUCGAAAUCCGUCCUACAGGUGUAGCACACGCGGAGCUCAUUAUCCCUCGUUCGUGGACCACGAGACAUCUCAAUUAUCCACCCGCUCCAUCAGAGUAUGAGUCCAACGAAGAAUUGGUCGUGGAGCAUUACUCAUGGAAGAAAGUAACGACAAACGUGUCGAACUUCAUCAUGGGUACACCUCUGAUUGAUCAUUAUGGAGAUUUGGUAGUGACCAAUCAUAGGACUGGAGAGACUUGUACGUUGACUUUUAAACCUCGUGGAUGGAGAGGGAAGGAUGCUUUUGAGAUCAAAGGGACGGUUAGGAAUGGGGAUGGGACGGAAGCUUGGGAUAUUGCUGGGCGUUGGGAUUCACAACUCAUCGCACGUCAAUCUGGCAAAGGGAAUUUGCCACUUGAUUCCGCGACAGAAAUCCAACCGACUCAACAAGAGUAUCUCUUACUUUGGCGGAAUAGCGAAAAACCAAAAGCUCCGUUCAACUUGACGCCAUAUGCCAUCACUCUGAAUGACAUACCUCCAGGAUUAAAAGAUUACCUCUGUCCUACCGAUUGUAGACUUCGUACGGAUCAAAGAGCUUUCGAAAAUGCUGAAUAUGACAAGGCCCAGGAGUUGAAAACGCAAAAUGAAGAAAAACAACGUUUGACACGUAAACUUCGAGCGGAAGGUAAACUCCCACCUCAUGAAUCUAGAUGGUUUUAUCCUUCUCGAGAUACCGACAGCGGUGAACGAGUUUGGAUCCCAAGAAGGACAGAGAGUGGAGAGGUUUUAUUCUGGGCGGAAAGGGAACGUGCUUUGGAGACGAAAUGGGCAAAUGUUGAUCAUAUUUUCGUAGAAGGGUGAGUUUCGGAAUUGGUUGGGUUGUUAAAACGUCAAAAUCAAGUGGAUGGCGGAGGAAUGAACGUA